AUGAGCGUCACUACUGGUGCUGUCCCUGAAAUCCAGCUGACACCACUCGAAAACACCCUCAAAAACCUAUUGCUAGAUGUUGCGCAGUAUAUCCAUGAACGCGCAAGCACAGAAGGCUCGAAUGAUGCGAACCUCUCCAACACUGUUCUGCGAUUCACCGGAGGAUGGGUGCGCGACAAGCUGCUUGGGGUGAACAGCCAGGACAUUGACGUCGGCAUCAACAACAUGACUGGGUACCAAUUUGGACUCCUCCUGAAAGAGUAUUUGGAUAUUCCUGGUAAUCUGGACAAAUACCGGAAGGACCACGCCAGCGGCGAUCUAGGAAAAGACUUUGUCAGUCUGCACAAAAUCGAGGCAAACCCAGAGAAAUCAAAGCACUUGGAAACGGUCACAACAAAUAUCUUCGGCUUAGAUGUGGACUUGGUCAACCUGAGGAAGGAGACAUACACCGCCGACAGUCGAAACCCCCAGAUGGAAUUCGGAACAGCCGAGGAAGACGCCUUGCGCCGAGAUGCCACCAUCAACGCACUUUUCUAUAAUCUGAAUGAGACCACAGUCGAAGAUCUAACUCGGCGCGGUCUUCAAGAUAUGCAUGAACAGAUAAUCCGCACCCCGUUAGAACCAUACCAAACAUUCCAGGAUGAUCCAUUGCGAGUCCUACGACUUAUCCGCUUCGCUAGCCGCCUGGGAUAUCGGAUACACCCUGAAACCGAGGAGGCAAUGCAGAAUACUCACAUAGGCGAGGCUCUCCGGCUUAAGAUUAGUCGUGAGCGUGUUCUGAAGGAACUCGAGAAGAUGCUCCAUGGUCCUGACCCUCGGGGUGCCCUACAUUUCAUCGACCGCCUAGGUCUUUAUCCGACUAUCUUUGCUAAUUUCCAGGACGAUGCUACUGUUGAGACAUCGUCCUGGCCUAAUGCUUACAACACGGUGGAGCGACUCAUCCGUCCUACCGACAAAGAUCCUCAGCAAACGGUGGAGAAGAUACGAAACUUCCUGAUCCGUGAUAAGCAAGAGGAGUACUACGCCUGGAUGCUCUCAGCAAUGGCUCCGUGGUCCAAGAUUCCAACGCGCCCCGCAACUGGCAAGGGCCGACCACCACCGCCUCGGGCUGCAGAGGUCGCCAGGGACAGUCUACGAGCCGACAACAAAGUUAUCUCUGUUGUUGGAGAUGCGGCAGCAAGCUGGCAGACAAUCCUCGAGGUCAAGAACUCCAUCUUGGAAGGGACAGUCGGUGGAACGGCGGCGGAAGUCCGCAAGUAUGUUGGAUUGCACAUUCGUUCUUGGAAAAAAGACUGGAGACUGUGCAUCCUUCAAGCUAUCCUUCAGGAAGUCAUGGACGGGCGCGAAUAUGCCCUAGUGGUGGAAGAGUACGCCAGGUUCAUCGCGUAUAUCGAGGAGGAAAAUUUACAAGAUGUCUACGAAAUGAAGCCACUCGUUAAUGGCGACCAGAUUAUGAAAGCCAUGGGAGGCAAGAAAGGACGAUGGCUGGCGACGGCGUUGCAGAUCGUGGUCGAAUGGCAACUCCUACAUCCGGAUUCAACAGACCAGGAGGAGGUCUUGAAAAUGGAAGAACUCCGCGCAGCAGCACGCGCAUCCCUCCCCGGAGGCGAUCUUCAACCCCCAGAGGCUGCCAUUGCCCGAUAUACCCUCCCAGGAGGAUUGGAGCACUUAUGGCAGGAUAUUUCCUCUGAAGGUGAUUCAAGUGCAGCACAAAUAUGUAAGAACCUGCUGGUGGCUCAAGCAGUCCUAAAAAAUUGGACCCCUGGGACUCUGCUCGAUGCCGAUAUAGACGCAGCGAAUUCUCUUUAUGACUGGGCAAGCGAGGCCGCUCUCCCUUCGCCAAUCUUCGCCGAGACGAUCGAAGAGGCCAGCCAAAGUCAACUUGCCGCCGUCGAUGCGGAGAAACAGAAACUGGCGCAAGCUAUCACUGUCAUUUCCACAUUGAAAAAGGUGCAUCCCAUUCAGAAAGCAGCCAACAUAUCUGAUAUCCUUGUUGCUCUUGCGAGUUUCUCCUCGACCUCAGAUCCAUGGACAACCGGAGAAGCGCACAGUAUAUCAAUUGAAGUCCUGCGUGAGUUCAGCGCGACAGCACGCUCCGAUGGUUCUCUCUGGACCAUCCUCGAGACGACCCUGAAGAAGAAGAUCCGGCCGCUCUUCACCAAGACCCGCAAUCCAGCCAUCACCGCGGAGGGUCGCAAGAACUUCCACCCCGUCCCCCUGGCGCGCUUCGACCUCACCACGCUUGACCCGGAAGCCAAGCCAUGGAAGGCCUUUGCCGUCUACUCAACCACAGUUUUCGCCUGGAUACUCUCACAAUACGACUCCACAGCAAUCACCCACCUAGAAAACCAAUUCUCGCAACUCAUCCCCCCAAUCCUCGCCCUCAUCGACGACGAACUCACCCCGCACCGCAUCCGGGGCUGCACCCUCCUCACCUCCCUCCUGCAACCCAUCCGCGCAUCCCAAUCCGACAUCCUCCGACGCACGAACCUCAGUUCCGUCUUCGAAUCCGCCAUCCGCCCCUGCCUCCUCUCCCUGCCCACCAUCACCCCGGAAAAUGAAUCCCUGGAACUUCUAACCACCGCCUACCCAGCCCUGCACGCCCUCCUGGAAACCAGCUACGGGGGAGACCGCCAACGCCACCCUCAGCAGAGCGAAGCCCUCACCCACGCCCUUACCCAAACCCUCCGCGACAACCUCAUCUCCUCCUUCCACCACAUCAGCUCCACCUCCCCGAUCACUGCGCAGUCAUCAGUCUCAUACCCCGCGCUGACCUCCUUCCCCCACCCGCGGCUGUCUACCCUCCUCCUCUCGGAAAUCCAGCGUACCGUCACGGCCCUCCGCAUUGAAGCAACCAAGUAUCUUCAGGACCUCGUCCCGCUGGUCUACAGCACAUUGACUAACCCCUUCGGCACCGCGCACCCGCCCCUCCUCCUCGCGGCGCUGGGGGUCGCUCGCGCGGUGAUCCUGAACGCGCAUCCGCGUGUCUGGCGAUGGAGGACGGAAAUCCUUGGGGCGGUUUGUGCGUGUUGGUUGACUGUUGUUGAGGAGGAGAGGGAGGAGGAAGAGGAAGAGGAAGAGGAGCUCCAGAGCACAACGACUACAGGACACCGCCGCCCCCUGCGCAGGCUGAAGAGAGAGCUGCAAGGCGUUGUCUGUUUGCUGCGGUUGGCGAUCGAGAAUCCCCUGCAGUCAGAUACACCGGAGCAGGAGGCUCUUUCUGCUGCUGGUGGCGGGGGCUUUGGCAGGGAACUGGAGGAGCUGGCUGCUGCGGAUGAGCAGUUGCGGGGGUUGCUGUUGGGAGAGGUGGAUAGGUCGGAUGGGCGGUACUUUGGGGUAGAUGAAUAG